CACGAAAAAAUAACGGUGCUUGCGAUAAUCAAGAGGUACUUUUCAUUGCGGUGAAGCUCGGAAUGGCAGCUCAUCUACCUCCUUGCGUGAUUGACUGCGGGACAGGAUACACUAAAAUUGGAUAUGCUGGAAACACUGAGCCACAGUUUAUCAUGCCAUCCUGCAUUGCCAUCAGAGAAACAGCCAGUGUGGGAGACCAGGCUCAAAGGCGUCUAAUGCGUGGGGUGGAUGACCUGGAUUUCUUCAUAGGAGAUGAAGCCAUUGAUAAACCUAACUAUGCAACCAAGUGGCCAAUCAGACAUGGGAUAAUUGAAGAUUGGGAUUUGAUGGAGAAGUUCAUGGAGCAAGUUAUAUUUAAAUAUCUACGGGCUGAACCAGAGGAUCAUAGCUUCCUCAUGACAGAGCCUCCGUUGAACACUCCAGAGAACAGGGAAUAUUUGGCUGAGAUCAUGUUUGAGACCUUCAAUGUCCCAGGGCUGUAUAUUGCUGUUCAGGCUGUUUUAGCCCUGGCAGCAUCGUGGACCUCUAGACAAGUGGGCGAGCGCACGUUAACAGGAAUUGUCAUUGACAGUGGAGAUGGAGUUACUCAUGCUAUACCAGUGGCAGAGGGUUAUGUUAUUGGAAGCUGCAUAAAGCACAUCCCUAUUGCGGGCAGAGACAUCACCUACUUUAUUCAGCAACUCCUCAGAGAGAGAGAAGUAGGGAUUCCACCUGAACAGUCACUAGAGACAGCCAAAGCAGUCAAGGAACGAUACUGCUACAUCUGCCCAGACAUUGUAAAGGAGUUUACUAAAUAUGACACUGACCCUGGCAAGUGGAUCAAAAAGUAUAAGGGCAUCAAUGCUAUCAACAAAAGUGAAUUUCACAUUGACGUAGGAUAUGAACGUUUUCUUGGACCAGAGAUAUUCUUUCACCCAGAGUUUGCCAACCCAGAUUUCAUGCAGCCCAUUUCAGACGUAGUGGAUGAAGUGAUUCAGAACUGUCCAAUAGAUGUCAGAAGACCUCUUUACAAGAAUAUAGUCCUGUCUGGAGGAUCCACUAUGUUCCGGGACUUUGGCCGGCGACUGCAGAGAGACCUCAAACGUGUGGUGGAUGCUAGACUCAAGCUAAGUGAGGAGCUGAGUGGGGGCAGAAUAAAGCCCAAGCCCAUGGAAGUCCAGGUGAUAACUCAUCAUAUGCAGCGUUAUGCAGUUUGGUUUGGAGGAUCCAUGUUGGCAUCAACGCCUGAAUUCUUUCAAGUGUGCCACACUAAGAAGGACUAUGAGGAGUAUGGUCCCAGUAUCUGUCGCCACAACCCAGUCUUUGGCAUCAUGUCGUAGGACUGGCUGUUCAGCCUGCUGUUUUAGACUCAGGUCUAGAAAUUCAGGCUUUGACAAGCUUCACAUAGGACAAAGUUCCUUUUUUUUUUGUUUGUUUUGUUUGUUUAUCACUGAAAAUGACAAGGUACUAAAGUGGAUACGAUAUAGAUCUUGCGCUACGGUAGCACACACUGAAUGUUCAAUAUUCCCAACGCAGCAUCAAAGAUGACAGAAAACAAAUUCAUGUGAACCGGAUGCUCUUCUGGUGAGGUCAUGAACUGUUUUCCUCAGCUUUGUUUCUCUGUAAUGCUCAUAGUUUAGUUAUUUUCAGAGAUGUUUUUUGCACGAGAUAUCUUUUAGAGGGUGCCCAGAGCUUGGUUUGUUGUAGCCCCACUUGAAUGAACAAAAAGGAAUGUCAUGAAAUUGUAUAUG